CAAAGUGUUGUAUUGUCUUAGCCAAGCUGAAUAAAACCCAUAGUCCUGCUGGUUAGGGCUGCAGGAUAUAAGUUCGAGCCCGUUUUAUUAGAAUAUUAUCUCUUUCACUUACAAGUAAUUCAUCCUCAAUAUGGCAAUCAAAGACCGCUCGGAGUACGUCCAACCCUUUACGAGGGUCAUAGAUUUUGGAACCCAGAAUGAAAAACGCCGUCCGCUACCGGUAUUCCAACCAAAGCACGAACAGAAUCUACAACGGCGAGCUCGAGGUCGGAAACAAAACCCAUCCACUAUGCUCCCGGUGUCGGCGAAUCGAUUCUCGAAAAGAACCCUGCGUCAGUACCUCAACACCAUCACCGUGCAGCUCCCACUGUCCAAGGGUCUCUGCCAUCUUGAGAUCCUCCCUCAAGACAUCAUCAACCAAAUCAGCCAGUACGUCCCGUACGAAAACCUGAUUUACCUCUCCUGGGUAUCGAAGGCACUCAAUAAAAUGGUCGACCCGCGCCUGGCACCCCACGAGACGAAGCUCUCGUUCGUGCUACGCGCCGAACGCGACUUCUACCGGCACUACAGCAGCAGGCCGUCCAGCCUCGGCUGCUUCAUGUGUUACAAAAUCCUUCCCGCGAGCGUCUUUGCCAUCGACCAGCAGCUGCAAGCUGAACUGCCCGCCUCUGCACUAGGUGGGUCGGUGGUAGUGAAUCUGCGGCGGUUCUGCAUCGGCUGUGGUAUCCAGUCCGGCUUUCACAAACCGGGAGACGAGCUGAUCACGCGGAUCGACGACCGGUUCUGGAUUUGCGACUGCUUGUGUGUCCACGGCGAAAAAACGCUUGUCUGUCGGAGCUGCGGCGUGAUGUGCUACCUCAGGCCGAGAAGGGCGAAGGCCGUGCCGUUGUUGAAGUCGACGGUGGGAUAUUCGGACUAGGACGUUGAUAACGCAGUAAGGGGAACUACGCACAGUUUACUAAUUCGUGCCGGAGGAGAGCAAAUCUGGGUCAUGGAUAUAUACUUGGUUA